UCACAGUGGAAAUGACAGUGGUAACAAAUUUUAUGAACGCUGCUCUUUAUCCGUCACUCAUAUAAAAUAUUUAAAGGGAAAACGUAGCUAAAGAUAUUUUCCCAGUUUUAAGAGGAUUUCAGACCGCAAACGCUGGAAAAAGACCCAAUGAAAUGAAACGAUUAUCGCCAGCUUGAUGAGAGACUGGAGAAAGUGUGAACGAAGUUGAGCACAAAGAAUAAAAACAUAGUUUCUCACCAAGGACGAAUUUAUAAAAUGCCUGUUGCCGAAGAUCGCUUAGAACAACUUCAAGUGUUGAAAUUGCUGCAAACAGUGCGAAGAGAAGAUACGGAACAAAUUGAGAAACUUGUACUGAAUGGAAUUCCCAAUCUUGUAAAUUUUUCAGAGCCUGAGAAUGGGGAAACAGCACUUCAUUUAGCUGCAUGUGCCAACAAUGAGAAGAUCAUUUCCCAUUUGUUGGGCUUAGGAGCCAGUGCAAAUGUAGCGGAUGAUCUUGGUCGAACCCCUGCAAUGAGGGCUGCAGAUUAUGGUCAUAUCCAGGCAUUAAAACUUCUUGCUGAAUCACAUGCUGAUUUAACAGCAAGAGACAGGGAAGGAAGGAAUAUAUUAUUUUAUUGUCUUCAUUCAACGAAACGACAUAAAGAGUGUUUGGAAUUGUCUCUCAAAUAUGGUGCAUAUCAGCAUAAUGUUGGUACAGAUGGUCAGCCGCUUGUAAUUGUUGCUGCAAAAGAAAAAUUAUCAGAGCACAUGCAGAUCCUUUUAGCAUCCGGUGUUGAUCCAGACAAUCGAUUUGAGCAAACUGGAGAAACUGCCCUUCACUUGGCUUGUGGAAAUGGCUCAAUUGAAUGUGUACGAGCGUUACUGGAGUUUAAUGCUGACGUUAACCUUCUUGAUAAUGAAGGACGCCAUUGCGCUCACGCAGCUGCUGUGAAUGGCCAUUUGCCGAUCCUUAGAGUACUAUCAGCUUAUGGAGGAGAGAUGGGCACAGUAGCUAACGAUGGAGACACUCCAAUACAUUUGGCUGCAACACAAGGAUAUGGGCCAAUAUGCAAGUUUCUGGCUCAGAGAGGAUGUCCUGCUGGAUUGAAAAACAAGGAGGGUAGAACCCCACGAUUACUGGCUAAGGACAACGAACAUAAAGAUGCAAUGAAAGAGUGCCGUAAAGCUGAAAAGUUGAAAGCCGGGAAGCCUGGAACCGACAAAUGGGCUGUUAGACUGUAUGACUGGAUGAUCGAAAAAACGAAAUCCUUGACUGAGCAUUUUUGGAAAUACGAUCCUGAAGUUGAUGGUGCCAGGAAAGGCAAGAUAGGUUUACAGGAAUUCAGUUCUGUGCUGCAGUCAGAAGAUGCACCACUUACCGAGGACAAGUUAAAGCACAUUUGCAAUGUGCAUGACACUCUCAAGUCAGAGAUCAUCGAUUACAACCUAUUUCUGACAGGAAAGAAGUUUAUAAACAAGCUCUAUUCAAUAGACGGAGGCAAGAAAAAGAAGAAAGGAGGAGGUGGUAAAGGAGGAAAAAGGAAAAAGGGAAAAACGAAAAUUCUAAUGCCCAUCUGCACUACACCUGAUGGACCGAGAACCAAAAAAGGAGGACCACCAGCCUGCUACCUAGAAAAGUAUAUUCAUUUCACUGACAAUACGAGGUUUGAUCGUGACAACCCACCGGAGCAUCCCAUUCACGAUGACUCAGCUUGGUACCUUACAUAUCCAGAUAAGACUUACAUGAGUGUAACUGGUGCUGCCAAAAUAAGCGAUUUGGAAACGUUGAAAAAUGCCUUUCUACGAGGCACUCCCGUUGAUCAGAGGGACAAAUACUACAAGACGCCUCUCAUGGUAGCAUGUCUUGAGGGUCAUAUUGAAAUGGUGAAGUUUCUCAUAGAACAAAAUGCUGAUGUGAAUGGGAAAGACCAGUUCAAAUGGACACCUUUACAUUUCGCCUGUCACACAGGGCAGCUAGAUGUGGCUCAGUAUCUUUUGGACCAUGGCGCUGAAUUGGAUGCCCAAGCAGCAAAUGGUGGCACACCGAUCAUGAGGGCAAUUGAAAGCUCCAGAGAAAAUGUUGUCUCAUUUCUUAUAGAAAAGGGUGCAAAGAUACAAGUUGAGAAUAAAAAGGGUCAGACAAGUCUAGAUAUCGCAAAGGCAUACGCGGAUCCGAGAAUCGUUGCAAUCGUGCAAAAGAGAUGGGAUGAAAUACCUCCACCAGUGGAUAAAAAAAGAGGAAGAAGCAAAAGUCCACGUAAAAAACCUCCAAAAUCUGCUUCAGUUGAGAAGAAACCAAGUGCAGCGGCCAAUUCAGGCGACCAGGGUGACCAGGUCCCUCCUAUUUCUGACGACCUGAUCAAAAGGAAGAAUUCAGUCCUAAGAGCUGCAUCGGUGAUUGGGAUGGCUCACGAGCAGGAGGAAUCAAUCACUUUUGUUCCCAGACGUGUUUGGGUGCCACAAAAAACAACGACGGACCUACUCAUCGCGAAAGAAAUUCGAAGACAGAGAUAUGGGUAUGAAAUUGACUUUCCAUCUUUUAAGCCUCCUUUUCAAAAGUACAUCGACGAGCGAGCGACUGAAAUAGAGGCAGCAGAUGAUGCCCUGUGAGUGUCAAAUUCCUUGCACAAGCUGUACAAGGUUCUGCAGCUCCAGAUAGCGGACAUGCAAAGUGGUGUUCCGGUCGCAUUAUUAACAAAGAUGAAGCUCUAAACAGUAGUGAAUUCAUGCUAACGUUUCAUAUGAAAGGUAAUGUGCACAAAUAUUUUGGAUGUGGAGUUGCGUUUAAAACUACAAGACAAGAUUGCCCAAAUGCACAGAAUAUAAAAGGAUGUUCAUUGAUUGGUCAUAGAUUUUCAUAGAAAACCGACAUGACAAAGAAGAAUUCAGUAGUAAGAUUGACAUGCUUUGAUUGACAUGUUUCUUUGUAAUUUUGAAUAAUAGUUCUAAUUUUGAAGCAUACGCCGGGCCUAGGCCAAUCAGAUUUAUUGUUAAGAGCCGUUGAAGUUGUAAAGUUCAACUGAAGGUCAUGCUGUAAUUAUAUAAAAUAUUUUUUAACAAAAGCAUGUCUUUUCAGGUAAUGUUCAUUUUUUCUUAGUUUUUGUUACAUUUUUCAAGGCAAGGGUUGAAGUUUUGGAGCCUGAAGGUUGAACUGCCUCUUUUUCAAGAGCUCCUUUGGGUUUUUAUUGCAUGGCUCAGCUUUGCGCAUCCGACUUAACAAAACAAAGGUUCAUUUAUCUUUAAAUCACUGGAGAAUGAUUUAUUUGAAAGCAAAUUAUGCAAAUGCAACUAAGAUGCAAUCACAAAAACAGCAACAAAAUACCAAGGUUGGUCUAAUUGUAUUCGCCUGUAAGACCUUGGAGCAGCUAUAAAACUAGCUAGACAACUUGAAGUGACGUCACUAUCUGAGCUCAUUGGCAGCACCGGACCAUUUACAAGAGGCUUUCACAAUGUUUAUUUGGUGCAAAAUACUGAAUAUAGAAUUUGCAAUAUACUUACGCAAAGAUCCAUUGUAUUGUACACUGUCGCUUUGUAGAAGAUGCCAUGCAAUGAGUUUACUUCUCUAUAGCCUUGUCCAUACUCAUAGCUUACCCCGGUUAAACCCAGCAGUGUUUACAUUGCACUGUAAACGAAAGACUCUGCCGAGCCUACUUUGCUUUGGUUUAACUGGGUUCAGCACAUGUCGGGAGGGGAAGUAUCGUAGCCCGGGUUCAACCCAGGCAGGUUCCUUGUGCUCUACAAACAAUUUGCCUGGAUUCGCUCAUCAUCGUUCAACCCGGGCUAGCUAUCUUACUUAUUAUCUUUUUAACAGUGCUUAAAAAUGUGAGUCUAAUCAAAUUCGGCAAAAAGAUUACGCUAUCAUUUUUCUGAACAUAAAAUUAAGAAUUAUCGUCCAUUUCCGUCCUUAUACUUUACAUUUAGCAUCUCAGCCUUUUUUCUGCUGACAAUGGAUGUUCUGAAUCUCAACAUAAGCAAAUAUUUGCUUUGCCUAUUCUUUAAAACAGUGAUGAUGCAGUAUUUCAAGAAUAAAAUGGAAGGGCAAUUUUAUUUGCGAUAAACUUGUAAUAUUCCACGAUUUUAUCCAUUGAAAUGGUCGUUGAUUGCUAUUUUUGAUCAGCUACUGUGUAAUAAUUAUGACGGCGAUCGAUACCCCUUUUUAGAAGCCAACAUCAUUUCUCACAGACAGUUGCACUGACUUUUAUAUCACUUUUCAUAGGUUUUCAUAGCGUUUGAGAUUAUACCAAGGCUUAGAUAGAUCCCCGACUACUAUUUCCUGGCCUCAAAGCAUUCCUUUAAAGGCAUUUUCUUGGUAAGUUUCUCGUGGCAUCCACGCUGUUCCAAAGUCUAGAGUACAUGAGAUCAACGAAACUAUAUUUAUUCUCUCUGAACACCCCUAUACAUGUUUAAUGCGGGCUGUGUUAGAGGAAACAAACAUACUAUGGAAUAAACAAAACAAUCACAUUUAGGAUUGUGAAACUGUUUUAACCUCUGUUGCAAUAACAUCUUCGCUUUAUAAUCAAGUGAGUAAAGAAAAUCCUGUAAGAAUAUUUCUCAAUAGGAAUGUUUAGAAGUUUCAUAUUUGCAGCCCCAGACCAAUUAAUUUCCGGCUUCUCUGCCCAGUCAUGUAAAUAGCAAAGUAUUUCUUCAGGUACAUUUUUCUGUAAGAGAUGUUCUGAACACGAAUGCAUGUUUGACCUUAACGUCGUUUGAAAUAUUUUAAAUGUACAUUUCGAUUAAAAGUAAUAAAUUUCU